CAGCCAAUCCGCGUGCCGCUUGCCUUGCUCCAGGCUGAAUGGACUCCAGGCUGAAUGGACUCCAGGCUGAAUGUCAUGUCGUUUGGAAGGAUGAGACCUGCUCACGAAGCCGGUAGAGGCGAGGCAACGAAAAAUGAUAUUUUGAUCUGUCUGCGUAGGAGGAUACUGGGACACACGACUGAACUUGUGUGCAUGUAGUGGAUGUUGGAGACACUGGAAGCUGCACUGCGACAAUGCCAGAGUUCUCCUUGGACGUUAAGGACGUUCAGUGCAUCACUGUCGAAUGCGGAACGCUCCCCAUGAUGGGCCACUCGGACCAAUCGCUGCCGCCCCUGCACAGGAAGUCCUCCGUCCUCGCCAACUUCUGCACCGAGCACAACGUGCAGGAAUGCGCGUCACACAUCAAUCAGGAGGUGUUAUCGCUCGGUCUUGCGCCGGUUUGGGUGCAGUCAGGCGACGGCUGUGACAUGAACGUGGUGACGGUGCUCAACUGCAUGUACGAGCUGGUUCAGCUGCACCGCAGGGGCCUCCGAACCCUGGAGAACUUGGAGAUGGAGCACCUGAAGUCCAGCAACAACGUGGACUCGCUGCAGCUCACCAGCACACGGCUGAAGGAACAGCUUGAACUUUCCAAAAGAGAGAACACAGGACUUCUUGAACGAGAACGACAACUACAGCUGAAAGUGAAGAGCUUGCAGAACUGCCUGAAAAACGAAAAAGAAGAGAUCCACAGGCUGCAGAACAUCAUCUCCAGCCGGGCCAGCCAGUACAAUCACGAGAUGAAGAGGAAGGAGCGAGAACUGAGCAAACUAAAAGAGCGACUGAAUCAGCUCCUGGUUGACAAGAAGGAGAAGAAACUAGCCAUCGACGUUUCAAACAAACUGGGAAGAGUUGACGGCAGGAGGAGCCUCUGGAAGACUGAAAAGACUGAAGCAAAGCAUGAGGGUGACAUGUACAAAACUCUGCUCCGGGACUACGAGAACCGGCAGGGGGAACUGCUGCUGGAAAAUGCAGAACUGAGGAAAGUGUUGAAGCAGAUGAAAAAAGACAUGGCGGUCAUUCUGGCUUCCAGGAAGUCAUCUGUGAACGAAGACAAAAAUGACGACGGUGCUGUAGAAGUGGACUCGGAUGAGGAAGAUGAAGAGGUUGACUCUGGUAAGGAGACAGUGGAGCUGUUCAGUGUUCACACACGGGAGAAGUUAACCAACAGUGUUCGACGCCAGUGGAGACGACUACAGAACCAUGUGGACAGACUGGACAGCCGAGAAUCAUUGGCAUCAUCGACAGGUGAGAGCGAAAGCCCCGACACGGUUUCCCAGGACCCGUCAAAGCAACUGGACAAACUCAAGCUGGAGGUGCAGCAGUGCAAAGACGACAUCCAGACGCAGCAGCACAUCCUGCAGUGCGAUGAGACCACAACGGGGACGACCACAGUGCCGUGCGACUGCUACAUACCGCAAGGGAAAGAUGGCCUCCUCGACGAGUGGAAGAUCCUCGAGGAGCAGAGAAAGAUGUUUGAGCGGGAGAGGAGGAACUUCACAGAGGCGGCGAUUAGACUGAGCCAAGAGAGAAAGACCUUUGAGGAGGAGCGUGCUGUGUGGUUCAAGCACCAGUUUUUAAACUUGCACCCGUUAGGUGACUCAAAGAAACCCACCAGGUCCAGGUCACAGUGUGCCUUUCAGAUAUCCGAAAUGGAGCGCAGUGGAACAUCGCCUCCAGAAUGGCGCGCCACCUCCCCCGCCCCUGCCCCCGCCCCCGGACGUGCCCCCGGCACAUCAUCUUCCACAUGCAACCUGCUUCACACGCUCAGCCUCAUGUGUGAAAACAGCGUGACCCACAGCUCCACCAAACCGAAGAGAAGGACCGAAGACGCAGGAGACGCAAGCUCGUCAUCGAGCCAGCACAGAUGUUGGAUCAGCGGCGACGACCAAAGCGGCCUCAUGUUCACGCGGGAAGAAAAGGGCUCAGUUUGAGCAAUCAGGACCAUGAAUGGAACCACAUUUGGGGCUGUCUCAGUUCAUGCCAAACUACUGAGACUUGGCUUUCUAUUCUUUUAUAUGAACCGGUCUGCUGAGGCCAUCGUGUCGUCUUGUCAACACAAUGUUUUCCAUGUGAGAUUGAAUGUAUUUAUUUAUUAUUAGUUGAGCUAUCCAGCAUCUCACCCCAAGAAUCAGAUACUCCUUUUACUUGUUGGUUGAACUCCUCGCAGCAAACAAGCAUCAGAGUGUUUAGAAACAUAAAGUGGAUGCAUACACAGCAGCCAUUAAUAGUGGGUGUUUCAUUUUCACUUCCACUUUCCACUUCUUUCCUUUUCUUUGACGCGCUGCCACUUAACAACAUAACAAAGCAGGCACACUGAGCACGAGGCAUGGUGGGUAGGGAACUUAUGGCUCGGGAGCCAGAAGCAGCUCUUUUGAUGACUGCGUCUGGCAAUUGAUUCAUUUGUAGUUUUUCAGGCUGCACGGCUGUCGAGUGGUUAGCGUGCAGACCUCACAGCUAGGUGACCCGUGUUCAAUCCCACCCUAGACAAAAAGCGAUCAAGUAGUUUUACGGAUUUUGCUUGUCAUGUUAAAACUACAUGAGUGAAAAAUGUCUAAGCACUAAACAUAAAUAAAUAUAGCAGAAACUACAUGUUACACCUUUGUUGAUAAAGCAGACACCCAUGUUGCUUUUUUUGAGUUGUCGAACGGCUCACACAAGGGCAAGGUGUCCAUUUGGCAAGGUCGCACAAACCGUCGAUCCGCCCAGACACUGACAUGACCUUUGGCCAUUUGGGCUCCAUGACAACAAUCUAACCCAAAGCCAGCUUUUAUUUUGAAAGCCAUGUUUGCUUACACGGCAAUGCCGAUGCUUUUGGUGACCUUAAAGGUUUAGUUUGUCUACCAAAUGACUACUAAUUACCGCAGUUAAUGAGGAAUGAACCCACUGGUUCCUCAUUAGUUCUUCAGUAACUACUAAUUACUUUAGCUUGUAAAGAUGGAGGUGGAUAGUUCUCUCCUGUAAGAAUCCACAGCAGCAACAAGUUUUGAUGAGAUGCACUUUAUUUAAAUUGACAUUCCAAACGUAGACAGAAGUGAUGUUUUUAUGCACACUGAGAAGUGCAGCUGCAGGCCAGGUGGGCUUGUGUUGAUUCCCUGAUGUCCGCGCUGUAGUUGUAGAAGUCUUGGCGGAUCAUGGUGGAGUCUGUGAAGAGAGCAGAGCAACGAUGAGGAGCGCUUUUUGUUCCCGAAUGCUUGUCUAGUUUUGUCGCGUACUCACCAGUGGGCACGCAGUGGAAGCCAACGGUGACGGCGGUGGUCUUGACGGGGAAGCAGCCCGGCAGGCAGCGCAGCACAGGCUCAACGGAGAAACAGUUGGACUCCUGUCCGUGUACGUUCACCUUCUCCAGCUGCACGGACUCCAGCUUCAUGCGGCAUUCUGGGAGGGGGAAACAUGGAGCUUUCGGCGGGAAGAACCCAGGAAUGAGCAUAGCUGACUGCGUUCUUGGUCAACCGUCCGGUGGAUGUGCUGAAUUCCUGCCUGAUCUCCCCGUCGGCCUUUCCACAGAGUCCACAGGAUUUGCUGUCAAAGUAGACUUCGUGGAGUCCCAGACUCGGGGCAAAGACCGAGAUGCCUUCUCCGUUUUGUCUGAUCUGGAUUUUAGCUGGAAAACAAUUUCACAAUAUAUGCAUCUGGUUAGCAAAAGCAUUGGAAGUGCACGUCCUAAGUGUGAUAAUGCUGAGUCACCUGUUGGGUGCUGGUAUGGCAGGUUGGCGAUGGGCACCUCCAUUCCAUUAACCUUCACCAUGACAUCGGUGUUCCUCAGGUACAGGUCGAUGUCGCUAAAAGGGCAAAGUUCGAGCACAGUUAGCACUUUCAUUUCGAAUCAAUGGGUGCGCCAGAGUUAGCAUUCAACUCACAGGUCGGCGAUUUUGAUGUUGAUAUGGUGGCGCUCGGCGCUGUCCUUCUUCAGCAAGACCAUGAACUUCCUCUCGUGUGUGCAGUCUUGGGCCAGAACCUGGUAGCAAGCCAGCGGCAUCUGGUUGGUGUACCUCCUGUUGUUGAAGGUGGUCAGGGUGUCUCUGCUGAAGCUACAUUCAGCUGAACGGGACAAGAGAAGAAGUGUCGGCACAUGAAAAAGGACCGCACAUCGUCUGUGUUUUUCUGAUGGAGCGGCACGCUACCUGCGCCAGCCUUGGAGAUCAAAUAAUGGACUUUAUCGACCAGAUCAUCGAAGGGCGUCAGACCUGUGAAUUCAUCCAGCGGCAGAGCGAUGGGGAGACGCAAAGCCACUUUAUAGAUGCUGCGCUGUGAAGAGAAUAUUGAAAAUGUUUCGGAAUGCUGUAUUGAAAUCAAAGAUUGUGUGCGGUUUCAUACUGUUGGUGUCUUCAUAAUCAAAUCCAAAGUCCUCUCGGAUGUUGCGGCCACUGUGAAUGACAGCUGCUUGGCGCUGUUGUUGUCCUUCCCUUGAACGACGCUGUCCAGCACGGAAGCGGGAAUGCAGUCAUAAGCUCUGUAAUGGACAAUUCCGGUGCCAGACAUUUUAGUCAUUUUUCCACACUUGAGUCGUUGAAUCGGUGCUGGCGUACGUACCUCCUUGCGAAGCGUCUGAAGUAAGAUGGCAGUUCAUUCCAGGCCAUUCUUACGCGAGCGGCCGGGCUUGGACCAAGAAGACCGGUUUCAGCGGUGAUCAUCAUGUCAUACUGCCUGCCGUUCUCUCCCCAAGCGAUUUUAGUCUUUGGAGAACCAAUGUAGCAAGCCUUAACCAAUUCACCAAUUCACCAAAUAACUCAUUUAUUGCCAGACAGGAAGCUCUCUCACUGUGACUUUGUGUUUGCUGAGCACGACGCCAUCAGCGCUGAACCUCCAGUUGUUGUCAGCAGCCAAGGCGGCCAGGACGAUCUGAAGUCUGGAAGUAGGCAAGUCUGCGUAGCCAGCGAUUUGGUAUCCCUGGAGUUUGUUAUCGGAUCUCACAGCUUGCAAGAUGAUAGCAAAGACAGGGAACGCUUGGUUGCCAAGGAACUUGUUCUAAGGGAGGACAUGGAAGUGGUUAGUGGUCAACCAUGAGUGUUUCUUCCAAAGGAUUCAACAGUUUAAUAGUAAUAUCAACAGUCUACCUGGUUGUAGACGGCCUCAAAGCUUGAGCCGCUGCUUCUGCUUUUGGAGUUUGAUCUUGAGGUAGCACGAGACUGCAACAAUAUAACACGGAAGUUUGGGUAAAAAAAAACACUUGUCAUUGUCAUUGCCACGUUUACAUGAGAAGUUUUUCUCUUUCCAAAUGGAAUCUUUCCGAAAGCAAUGGUAUCAGUGGAAAGGAAUAUUCCAAUCUCUUGUCUCCAUGCGCCGCUAUAAUCAACCAGAAUAGUCAAUGGGGCAUGCCCAGUAAAACGUAAACACCAACAUCACGUGAUACCGACUUCCUCCAGUUUUUCUUUCCCUUGUUGGAAUAACUCCGUAUUGCCAGGUUUUCCUUGGUCCAGUCUUGAAAUUGAGUUUGGAUGAAAAACAAACUUUGCUUAGCAGUCCAGUGCCGAUUGCUGGCCUCCAUUUUUAAAAGUGAAGAACGUCUGGAGCUGCGUGUUACGUCAUAUCUCAACAUUUGCUGAAAGAACGCACCCAGGAACAGGAAAAGAUAAAGUUCAAUCUUGAUAAUAUUUUAUAAUUAAGCUUGGCACAUGUUUUAUAUAGAUAUAUAUUUUCUUUUUGAAUAAAAGUGUACUUGUGAAUGGCGUAUAGACGGGUUUAGAUUGUGUUCCACAGAUGGCGCUAAUGCACACCAAAGCUGCUUGCCAACCGCCAAUAAACAACAGAAGAAGAAGAAGAACGCAGUCUGACAACUUUCCGUUUGAGCGGGUACAAGAUACCUCAAUCGGAUUGGGGAAAGGAAUAUUCCACCCCUGGGAAUCCCAUUAUAUGUUCAUUGGGAUUGGCACUUUUCUUUGGGAAUGAGGUGUAUACAAAGGUUAGAUUCCUUCCGUUUGAGCAAAUAACCCGAAUGGAAUUGGAAUAUUUGGGUCCAUGUAUACGUGGCUAAUGUGUCUAAGCUCCAUGUUCUUACCUUCUUGUGGUUCUUCUGGAAGGUGCGGCUGUAAAUCACUCGCUGUCAAGACAACAAAAGCCUUUUUCACAAGACGUUUCACAGUGAAGUGAACUCAUUAGUCAUUGGCUCCUACAUCUGAUGACCGUCUACGGUCAUACAACAGUGUGGGCAUGGUGGACGCAACAACAGCCACUGGUUAUAGAAACCAUGAGAGCCUCCUCUACCUCCUGAGACGCUGCCGCCUGUUUUUGUGAGAUUGGGCUCCUCAGAUCCUUGAAAAAGGCUCUUUGGGGAUGCUUACCUUUGACGUUUUAGCACUGGAGCUAGAGGAGCUAGAGCUGGCGCUGAAGAGAGAAGACAGACUAGAUGCAGAGCUGCUUUUGUUCUUCCUGCUGACGGAUCUGGAGGAGGAGCUGCGUCUGCUGACUCUGCUGCGUCUGCUGCUGCUGCUGCUGUCUGACGAUGAUGACGACACUUGUCUUGAGCUGGAACUGCUCGACGACGAAGAAGAAGAGGAAGAGGACAAGGACGAGGACGAGGAGGACGAGGUGCUGUUGAGAAGUUUCUUGAGCUUCAUCAAGACCGGCCUUCCCUGGAUGUCUUCUUCGCUCAGAUUGAUCCUCUUGAUGAGCUUCUCCGCAGCCUUGGAUCCAACCUGAAGCAUCAUCUCCAGUCUUUCAACCACUUCCCCUUCAACUGAAAGCAACAUGAAAGAAAUUGAUGGGUUGGUGCGGUCAGCCUGGAGCCCCGGGAUCCACACCGACGCUUACUCUGCUUGACGGACACGGCAACCAAAUGCCUUCCAGCCAGUCGGUACAACACAUUGUCCGUGAUGAAAGCAGCGUUCUCUGACACCACCUUGAAACAGCCUCUCAGACCGAUGCCAUCUGCUUUCACACAGUACUUCUUAUCCAGCGCUUUGCGUUGGAUUGGCUUGGUUUCUCUGCCGAUGUCCCCCUGAAGGAGCUCUGAAGAUCGGGACUGCGAGGGGGAAAAAGACUCAUAAGUGGCUCAUAAGUAUUUUGCUACACCUGCAACAAAACUCACCAUGCUAGAAGCCUGAGAGGAAACGAUCCUAGAAGUCAGGAUCUCCUUUGAAACGGGCUUGAAGAUGUUGGCGGGGAUGAGGGGGGUGAUCCUUUCAGCGCUCAGUUCCUCGAUGUUUCUCACCACAGCAAAACUCUGAAUGCUAAAAAGUGGGGCUUGGUUAUGUUGGCUCUGUGGGAAAAGCCGAUUCUCUGCCAAGUGCAGACUUACUCAGCAACACCAACAUAUUCGGGAACAGAAACGGGUAGAGCCGCAAUCUUAAAGUGUCCCUCUGCGAGGUUGAGCCUUGCAGAAAUCUUGGCAGGCACGAUUGAGUUGAGCUUGGCUCUGGAGACCAGGGCAGCCUGGAUGACGGCGGUGUUCACUCCGAUCACGGCAAAGCUUUCCACGGCGAUGCUGCAGGGGCAAACGGCGUCUCCAAUUUUAGGAUUCAGUGGCUAAUGUUUGAUUUGGAUGUCGGACUUUGUACGCACCUUGGUCUGAUCUCAGUGUCCAGCUGCAUAUCGGUCUUCACAAGAUGGCUGAACUGGAUGGGUUCUGGGAGAGCUGGGGUUGCGGUGA